AUGUCAUCACAACUUAUAAAUAAAUUUAAACAGUUUGAUGCCUAUGCAAAAACUUUAGAAGAUUUUAAAGUUAAAACAGCUACAGGAGCAACAAUUACUGUUGUUGGCGUCUGCUUAAUGAUUUUAUUAUUUUUGUCAGAGUUAUAUACUUAUAUGUCACCAAAUAUAUCGGAAGAGUUAUUUGUAGACACAUCAAGAGGACAUAAGUUACGAAUAAAUUUUGAUAUUAUUGUACCAAGUAUAUCGUGUAGCUAUUUAGUAUUAGAUGCUAUGGACUCUUCUGGUGAACAGCAUCUUCAGAUGGAUCAUAAUAUUCAUAAAAGAAGAUUAGACUUGCAAGGAAAUCCUAUAGAAGAGCCAAAAAAGGAAGAAAUGCUAUUUUCUUCAACAGUCAAACAAAAUGCUUCAGACUUAGCUAAAUAUACAUGUGGCAGUUGUUAUGGUGCAGCAUUUAAUGACUCUCAAUGUUGUAACACUUGUGAAGAAGUAAAAGAAGCAUAUAGACUAAGAAGGUGGGCUUUACCUGAUUUAGCCACUAUUGAACAAUGUAAAGAUGAUGAAUCACUUGAAACGGCAAAUUUAGCACUAAAAGAGGGUUGUCAAAUAUAUGGCUAUAUGAAAGUAAAUCGUGUUGGUGGAAGCUUCCAUAUAGCUCCAGGAAAAAGUUUUACUAUCAACCAUGUACAUGUUCAUGAUGUGCAACCAUAUUCUUCAUCUGCAUUUAAUACAACACAUAUUAUUCAACAUCUAUCUUUUGGAAGUGAUAUAAAAAGUGCAAACACAGCACCUUUGGAUGGUGUCACGGGUUUGGCCAAAGAAGGUAAGUCAAAAUGCCUAGAAUUCUGUUAUUUAAAAAAUUCCAAGACC